CAAUUUAACAACUCAGCAGAAGCAAGAGCAUCAAAGGGUAGAGAUGGACGAGGAACCCUCAGUGGCCGGAGGUAGGAUUCCGGUCUACGAAUCUGCCGGAAUGUUAUCCGAGAUGUUUAAUUUCCCCGGAAGCAGUGGUGGAGGAAGAGAUCUCGACCAUGGUCAAUCUUUCCGGUCAAAUAGGCAGUUGCUUGAGGAGCAACAUCAGAAUAUUCCGGCCAUGAAUGCUACGGAUUCAGCCACCGCCACCGCGGCCGCCAUGCAGUUAUUCUUGAUGAAUCCACCGCCACCGCAACAACCACCGUCUCCGUCAUCCACCACCACCACAAGGAGCCAUCACAAUUCUUCAACUCUUCACAUGUUACUUCCAAAUCCAUCCACCAACACAACUCACCAUCAAGGCUACACUAAUCAUAUGUCUAUGCAUCAGCUUCCACAUCAGCAUCACCAACAGAUGACGUGGCAGUCAUCUUCCUCCGAUCAUCAUCACAACAACAGCCAAACCGAGAUCGGGACCAUCCACGUGGAAAACAGCGGAGGACAAGGUUUGUCCUUAUCUCUCUCAUCGUCUUUAGAGGCUGCAGCAAAAGCUGAAGAGUAUAGAAACAUUUACUACGGAGCCAAUUCUUCUAACGCAUCACCUCAUCAUCAAUACAAUCAAUUCAAGACUCUUCUUGCUAAUUCUUCUCAACAUCACCAUCAAGUAUUAAACCAAUUCCGAUCAUCUCCGGCGGCUUCUUCCUCUUCCAUCGGAGCGGUCAAUAUCUUAAGAAACUCAAGAUACACAACGGCCGCACAAGAGUUGUUGGAAGAGUUUUGUAGUGUUGGAAGAGGAUUUUUGAAGAAGAACAAACUUGGGAACAGCUCAAACCCUAAUACUAGCGGUGGCGAUGGCGGUGGUGGCAGCUCUCCUCCGUCAGCCGGAGCAGUAAAGGAUCAUCCUCCUUUAUCGGCGUCUGAUCGGAUUGAGCAUCAAAGAAGGAAAGUGAAACUACUCACCAUGCUUGAAGAGGUGGACCGACGGUACAACCAUUACUGCGAGCAAAUGCAGAUGGUUGUGAAUUCUUUCGACAUAGUAAUGGGCCACGGUGCGGCGUUACCGUACACCGCAUUGGCUCAAAAAGCUAUGUCAAGGCAUUUUCGAUGCCUUAAAGACGCUGUCGCGGCUCAGCUUAAGCAGAGUUGCGAACUUCUUGGGGACAAAGAUGCAGCCGGGAUAUCUUCUUCCGGAUUAACAAAAGGCGAAACUCCGCGGUUGCGUUUGUUAGAACAGAGUUUGCGUCAGCAACGUGCGUUUCAUCAAAUGGGUAUGAUGGAACAAGAAGCGUGGCGGCCACAACGCGGUUUGCCUGAACGCUCCGUUAAUAUACUUAGAGCUUGGCUCUUCGAGCAUUUCCUUCACCCGUAUCCAAGUGAUGCAGAUAAACACCUCUUGGCUCGACAGACUGGUUUAUCCAGAAAUCAGGUGUCAAAUUGGUUCAUAAAUGCUAGGGUUCGUUUAUGGAAACCCAUGGUGGAAGAAAUGUAUCAACAAGAAUCAAAAGAAAGAGAAAGAGAAAGAGAAAGAGAAGAGGAAUUAGAAGAGAACGAAGAAGAUCAAGAAACAAAAAACAGCAACAACGACAAGAGCACAAAAUCCAACAACGAUGAAAGCAACUUCACUGCCGCUCGGACCACUUCACAAACUCCAACGACAACCGCACCAGACGCAGCAGUAGCGACAGGCCACCGUCUAAGAUCCGACAUUAAUGCUUACGAAAGCGACCCUUCAUCAAUUCUACUCCCUUCCUCUUAUUCCAACGCCGCCGCUUCUGCCGCAGUUUCUGACGACUUGAAUUCUCGUUACGGUGGCUCAGCCGCGUUUUCCGCCGUUGCCACGUGUCAACAAGGUGUUGGUGGGUUCGAUGAUGCUGACAUGGAUGGGGUUAAUGUUAUAAGGUUUGGGACAAACCCUACUACUGGUGACGUGUCACUCACGCUUGGUUUACGCCACGCUGGAAACAUGCCUGACAAGGACGCUUCUUUUUGCGUUAGAGAUUAUCCAGGAAACAAAAGAGUUGAGGAUGAUCACAUAAGUUGUUUAUCUCUCAGUAAUGGUUUUGUCAAACCGGAGAAGAAACUAUCACCUAUAAUUGUGAAAGUCCAAAGCUCUCUUAAACAAGAGAUUAUAGAACUCGAGAAAAGAUUACAGAGUCAGUUUGAUGUUCGUAACGAUUUAGAAAAUGCGUUGGGUUAUAGAGAAACUUCUCAAGACGACAAUAUCUUCACUCCCAAGCCUGCAACAGAAUUAAUCAAGGAAACUGCGAUACUCGAGUUAGAAGUUUCGAAUUUGGAACAAUUCAACGAUCCAGAUUCAACCGAGAGUGACAUAGAUUCUAGUGUUCGCCGAUGCCAAUCCUUGCUUAAUCAACGGUCCACUUUCAUCAGUAACAGACUUUCUCCACCAGAAGAGUCCAUAAAGGAACAGUACAUAAAGAACAGAUCAAUUAUCGGUAUUCGGAUAUCCGAUCACAUACCUAUAAUGACUCCAAACAAGUUAUCAGAGGAGAUGAUCAAGUAUGCGUCGACUAUGUACAUCAAACUUGCAGACACUCCGUUUCUUUCUUCGAUAAGCAAGUUGUGGAGUCCAAGCUUCAGGAAAUACUCUGUUUUUGAUGACCUAUUCGAAUCAAGUGGACCAUACAGCUCGAUGAUCAAAGUGUCACAUAUUAAAAGGAAAGGACAUGAUUUUGAGAUGAUGCUUCGACAUUUCAGAUUGCUUGUUAAACAAUUAGAAGAUGUUGAUCAGAGCAAGUUGACACAUCAAGAGAAACUUGCGUUUUGGAUUAAUGUACAUAACUCACUUGUGAUGCACACAUUUCUGGUUAAUGGGAUUCCGAAGAACAACGGGAAGAGAUUCUUGCUACUCUCUAAGCCAGCUUACAACAUAGGAGGUCGUGUGAUGAGCAUAGAAAUGUUGCAAAAUUCUAUUCUUCUCAGCCGAAUGCCUUGUCCCCAACAGUGGCUGCGGUUGUUACUCACCUCAAAAAAGCUCAGAACCGGAGAUGCAUACCGCGAAUACUCACUCGAGCAUCCCAAGCCUUUGUUGUACUUUGCUCUCUGUUCCGGAAAUUACUCUGAUCCCCCGAUUCGAGUAUAUACGCCAGAGAGUAUAUAUCUUGAGCUGGAAACCGCAAAAGAAGAGUACAUCCGCACAACAAUUGGGUUCAGAAAUGACCAUAAACUAAUCUUACCAAAGAUCACAGAGUCUUUCAGCAAAGACUUGGGUUUGAAUCAAGUUGCAUUGAUGGAGAUGAUCCAAGAAUGUCUCCCGGAACCCAUGAGGAAUACAAUCAACAAACUCAAUAUGGGGAGAUCCCGAAAGAGUAUCAUAGAAUGGAUCCCACACAAUUUCGGUUUCCGGUAUCUGAUAGCUAAAGAACUCAUCAAGUGAAGAAGUUUACCGGUAUCUGCAGGAAAGUCUUGUUCAGGAUUUUGAUUAAUAAAUCUUACAUGGCCAA